UAUAACAACGGAGUUCUCAGUUCACCUCUCACGAGUUAUAACUUAUUUUUAAAAUUGGAUAACAGUAAAUACUGUAGGUUAAUGUAGUUGUAUAUGUAUAUUAUGUAUAAAAUAAAAUUAUAUAUCAGCUCUGUUGUGAAUAUCCAUAAUAAUAAAUUGUGAACGUUUUAUAGACUCAAUAACUGCUUCUUGUAAUUGUUGAUUCUUGAACGUGAUAGACUAAGUAAACAUGGAUGAAAUCGACGAGCUAUCACAGUUAGAGGAACUAUUAAAAGCUGAUGUGAAUUCUUUAACUCAAGAAAGACUUCAUUCAGUUCAGGAUGUUGACAUAUUUUCAAAGAAACAUGAAGAAUUACCUGAGCAAGUCAAUGAAAUACCUUCUACUGUUCAUAGUGGUGACACGGAUUCAUCUGACGAUGAAGAAAGACGAAAUUACGCAGAGCGAAAAUAUAGUGAAUAUGGGUCUAAUAUUAAGAAAACACUGGAUCAAGAAGAGCAAGAACAAACGAAUAAGAGGCUAGAUUUCGAGAGUAGGUUGCGUCAGACUAAUAUAGACAUAAAAGUUGCAAAAAAAUCUUCAUUUUCAAAAAAACUUCAGUUAGAAAAAGAAAAGGUUAUGAUCUCUGCUCCUGACAAUAAAAGUCAUAUUGCAAAUGAUGCAUUCUUAGAUCCAGUAUUUGGUAUUCGAAUCUAUAAGCCAUUGAUAUCAAGCACUGCACUUUUGGACCGAAUGCAAGGCAGAGAGGCAGUUAAUAUGCUGCGAGUUAAAAGAUAUGUGGAGAAUGAAGAUCUUACAAAAGAUUGGGUCAUUGCUGGAGUAAUAGUAAAAAAAAGUUCUGUUAAGAAAUCCCAAAAAGGCAAUCAGUUUCUAAUUUGGACAUUAUGUGACCUCAAGGAUGAUUUGAAAACUGUGUCAAUGUUUCUAUUCCGCAAAGCUUAUAAUGACUUAUGGAAGACUAUGGAGGGCACAGUUGUAGCAGUUUUGAAUCCAAAUGUAUUGGAUAGAUCAGAGAAUAGCAUGGAUCAAGCUUGCUUAAGUGUGGAUAGCUCAGACAGAGUAAUGAUACUUGGUCAAUCAAAAGAUUUAGGUGUUUGCAAAAGUAAGAAGAAAAAUGGUGAACCAUGCACUGCAUUCGUUAAUAAAAGCCAAGGUGAACAUUGUAUAUAUCAUAUAAAACAGGAAUACCAAAAGUUUUCACGAAGACAAGAGCUUCAGUCAUCAACAAUGGGUAAGGGAAUACCCAACUUGCAGAACAAAGUAUUUGGCAAGAAUACAUUCAUUUAUGGUGGAAAAUCAUAUUCUGCUCUACCUCCAAGUAACCACAAAACAGUUAAAGAUAGAGAUCAAAACAGACUGAUGUCACUGAGUGAUUAUUACAAAUCUGAAGGUGAUAGGCUGAUGACUAAUAGAGCUCCAAGUGGUGUUAAUGUCUUACCAAACAAAUCAGGCUUACUGCAUAGUCCUACUAGUCAAAAAAUUUGUGAUUCUCAAAGAUUAAGUAAAUUAAAUAGCUCACCACAAAGCAAUCAGAGUUUAGCAGACAAAGUAGCAAACUCACCAACAUUUUCUAAAAGUUUUGGAUUAAAAAAUUGUGGUGUAAUAGAUCUCAAUAUGUCAUACAGUCAAAAAGCUUCAGAGAAAGCAAAAUUAAAAGCAAUUAAGUUGAUUCAGCAAAAUGGAGGCAUUAAUAAAAUAGACCCUAAUAACAUUAAAGGUACAGAGGCUGGUAAGAAGCGAGCUUUUGAAAAACUAAAUUCUAAUGAGAAUGAAAAUGUCUCCAAGAAAUCAAAACCGAAUGAAGAAGUAAAACAAAUGAAAUCAGUUAUGUCAGAAAGAUUUAAAAAAAUCCUUGAGGCAACAUCUAUUCAUCAAAAUCUUAUAAAACAGCAUGAGGAUGAUGAACAAGAGAAAUAUUUUAAUAAACUUGAGAAAAAGGAAGCAAUGGAGGAGAAAAUGUUGAAUACUUUUAAAAUUGCCUGUAAAGCGGUGAGAUGUGUGAAAUGCAAAUACACUGCUUUUUCAGCGGCACAGUUAUGCAAAGAUGAGAGGCAUCCUUUGAAAGUUUUGGAUACAUACAAAAGAUUCUUUAAAUGUGCAGAUUGUAACAAUAGAACUGUGUCAGUGGAGCUGCUGCCGUUAUAUUCUUGCAGCAAUUGCAAUGGAUCAAAGUGGGUGAAAGCACCCAUGUUAAAAGAAAAGAAAGUUACAUUAUCAGAAGGAUUGUCUAUUCGUGGUGAGGAGGAAACUUAUAUUGGCCAAGUGAAUACCGGAAAGAACAUUAAUUUAUUAGUACCUGAUAAUUGAAGUGAGUAACUUAUAAUAUUAGAUAUAAAGGAUGUAUUGAAAUAAAAAACAUUGUGAAAAUAAAGCAAUAAUAUAAUUUA